CACGUUCUCAGAUCAAAUGCGCUGUGGAGUGGUCCGGCCUGUUUAGGGCUCUCUAAAGUUAGAAUUAAAAACCGUUGGGGCAAAGAAACACAUGGGCAUGUAGUUACAUAUAAUGAUGAACAUUAUCGAGUGAAUCUGUUGUCGCCUUGGUUUUGUGUCGCAGCAGAGCGCAGUUCGUCGGAUUCGCGGAGGGAUUGUUAUGACAUUCUCUUUGUCUCACGCUGCACAAACACGAGAGCAUAUUUCUUGCUGAAAGAAGAGGCUCUUUCAGCGAUCCGUACAAACCUAGUUAGUUUUGUUGACCUAAUUCUUUCUCGUCCCUGCCGACCUGAUCAAGGCAUUGAAACAUGUCGUUACACGGCAAACGAAAAGAGAUCUACAAAUACGAGGCGCCAUGGACGGUUUAUGCCAUGAACUGGAGCGUCCGACCUGACAAACGCUUUCGGUUGGCGCUCGGCAGCUUCGUCGAGGAAUAUAACAACAAGGUCCAGCUGGUGGGUCUUGAGGAGGAGAGCUCAGAGUUCGUAUGCAGGAACACCUUCGAUCACCCGUACCCCACCACCAAGAUCAUGUGGAUCCCUGACACCAAGGGAGUCUAUCCAGACCUGCUGGCCACCAGUGGAGAUUACCUACGCAUAUGGAGGGUUAAUGACACAGAGACCCGUCUAGAAUGCCUCCUGAAUAAUAACAAGAACUCUGAUUUCUGCGCACCUCUGACCUCUUUUGACUGGAAUGAAGUGGACCCCAACCUUCUGGGCACCUCCAGUAUUGAUACCACCUGCACUAUCUGGGGUUUAGAGACGGGACAGGUUCUGGGGAGGGUCAAUCUGGUCUCAGGCCAUGUCAAAACGCAGCUAAUCGCUCAUGACAAAGAAGUGUAUGAUAUUGCUUUCAGCCGUGCAGGUGGUGGGCGGGAUAUGUUUGCGUCUGUGGGAGCAGACGGUUCUGUACGCAUGUUUGAUCUGCGGCACCUAGAACACAGCACCAUCAUCUACGAGGACCCUCAACAUCACCCGCUGCUGCGCCUCUGCUGGAACAAACAGGACCCCAACUACUUGGCCACUAUGGCCAUGGACGGCAUGGAGGUGGUGAUUCUGGAUGUGCGUGUGCCGUGCACACCAGUGGCUCGGCUCAAUAAUCAUCGUGCUUGUGUAAAUGGCAUCGCAUGGGCUCCCCACUCCUCCUGCCACAUAUGUACAGCAGUAGCGGACGAUCACCAGGCUCUGAUCUGGGACAUUCAGCAGAUGCCGCGUGCAAUCGAGGACCCCAUCUUGGCCUACACAGCUGAAGGAGAGAUCAACAACGUGCAGUGGGCCUCCACUCAGCCCGACUGGAUCGCCAUCUGCUACAACAACUGUCUGGAGAUCCUGCGGGUGUAGUGCUGAUCCUGAAAGCCCCUGUAUGCUGAGCUCAGGGCUUAUCACAGGAGAAGAGUCUUGAAGAGGAGCAGAGACUUGUUUUCUAACGUUCCUGAGGUCUAUAGGUUUCAGUGGGGAGGGGAGAUGAGAUGACUGGGCCGAUGGGAACAGUAGUCUGAACAAUGUGUGUGGAUCUUUUGUCUGAGAGAACGAGGCUGUGUGAAUGAGUAUCUGUAGGUCUGCACAAUAUAUCAUAUUGGUCUGUUUUCCUACUUGCUGAUGUCCCAGAGUCCUCAUAUUGGGAUCUUAAAGAAAACUGUAAUUUACUAUGAUUGUAAGGCCCAAUUUGUGUAGGGAGAGGUUGUAUGUUUGUUUAUUCUGUUUGACCAUUUUAGAACUAUUCUUUAAGUAGGCAAGCAAAAUUGUUCAGGUACACAUUUGCCAAGAUAGACUUCUACUGCAAAACAACUCUUAGGUUGCAAUUCCUUACUUAGAUUUGUACAGUUUUAAAGGUCCUCUAAACUGCAGAUUAUCAGAUAUCUGAAUUUCCAUCAAGAAUACAUUUAUUUCAAUUUUUCUUCAUUUCAGAAAGGUGCCAUUUUUUAUAUCCCUGGGAAAUGUUAAAAAUAGCUGUUUUAGAUUGAACUGUCAACUGUUACAGAAAAAAAAAAUGUAUAUCAUAAAAGCACUGCAGAACCUUCAUAAUUGCUCAGUCCCUCAUAUACUCACAUUAGUUAAGAUAUAUUACUGCUCACUAAUUGUGAGAAGAGCCCUCUUAUAUUUCCCCAUGUUAUUUUUCAAAAAAGUCAGUUCCCUUUCAGCAUGCUUGUGCUCAAAGUGAAAUGUGUACUUUAUACAUAUAUAAAUAUGAUGUACAAGGUAGGACAAAGGUGUUACUUUUUCAGAAUAAUUUUGCAAGUCAUUUGGUCUGUUCACAUGUUCUGUUAUGCAAAUAUGAUGUAGUAGUAAUGCCACUAUUUUUGGUCGAGACUGAAAUCAAAAGUGAAUUUGCGAGGCUAUGUGAGAUUAUUCAUCCUCAACUCGCACUAUUAGAUGGGGUGUUUAUAUGUAAGUAGAUUUGUGUGUGUCAAGCCAUAAUGCUUUUCUAUUAAUAAACUCUUGUUCUUUCAUAAA